GAAGAGCGGCAUCGUCGACCUAUGACAGAUUUCUGUGGCUGCCCAUGUGGACGAGUCGUUAUGCAUGUUGACGAUGGCUGCAUGACGGGGUGUCUGGGGGAUAAAGCUUCUUAAUUAGCGGCUCGGCCUUUCCACAGCCCUUGGCAUUGUCGUACUGACUUACACCCAAGUGGCUAUUGUCUGUGAUCCUCAACCACAGCCAGGAAGGCUAUCAGUGUCUACAAUCAUUCCCUUACACACACAGAGAGAAGCCCCGAAAUGUCAGCCUACGGGUACUACUACGAGCCACGCUCUCGUCACCAUCCUCCUCCCCCUCCUCCUCCUCCUUCCAGCCGCCGCCGGUCCUAUUCUCCCCCCGGCUCCCACCGCAGCAGCCAACCUCGUCGUCGCUCCACGGCACCGCGACGACCAACGCCCUACCACGAGAAGCAGCACGAGGACUGCGAGGGGGGGAAAUGCAAGGCUAUUGAGAAGGAGUUCGGCGGGUUCGGGUGGACAGAGGGCAUCGCGCUGGCGGCCAUGGCGGGCCUGGCCUUGUUUAAUUUUGACAAGGCGUAUGAGAAGCACAAGGAGAAGAGCGAGCGGGAGGAUUGGGAGGCGGAGAGGCGCAGGGAGAGGGAGAGGGAGGAGCAGAGACGCAAGGGGAGUGCCCGCAGCAGCAGCAGCAGUAGGAAGGACGACGAGGACUUUUACGAUGAAGAGUCGCGGAGGGGCAGUUAUGAGAGGAGGCGAUAUGAGGAUGGGGAUGAUUAUGAGAGGGAGCGUGACGGACGGGGGAGAAGUCGACGGGGUGACUGAGUAUGGAAUUGUACAACAGCAGGCAUUCGUGCCUUCACGACGACAAGACAUGACGAGUAUACGAGCAACGAU